AUGGGAGAAUGGGUGUGGCAAACAGCGCGGCUGCCUAAUGACGACCGAAGGCAGGCCCAGUUUCGUGAUGAAGAGCUGGUAAAACGAUCUAUCAGCUGGUUUUCGGAUGGCGAGUGGAUAGUGGAGCUCCCACCCUCCGAUCGGGAGCGAUCGACGUCGGAAGAGCAAUUCUGGCCGACGUACAAUUGGGCGAAUAAAUCGUGGGUCGUAGACAGCACGGGAGCCACACUCAACAGCCGAAAGCGAGCAGAGGCAUCGCCAACUAAAGUUACGGCGCUGGGCAAUAGCGAUUCUGAGGAGCUCGCCGCGGCUGGACAUAGGGCAAUCCAUGCAAGUCAACCCGGCCUUACGCCUACGGAAUCACCAGAGCUCAGGAACUCCUACAGCUGGAGUUGUGUGAGCCAGACACGCGCCAUCGGAGUGUCGACGGAUAAUGCCGCUGGAGGGGCAUACACCAUCCAACUCGAUCAACAACCCAACGGCAUAAAUUGGAGGGUAGUCGAGAGUCCCGAGACAGCGAAAGAGGUGCACCCGGAUAUUCAGGUGCUUCAGCACGGUCAGGAUGACGGGAGCAUCGUCUUCGAGACACACCCCUUGAACCAUGGCAUACAAUGGGAGGUGCCAGCGACAAUUGCUAACAAGCGAGUGCUGUCAGCUCUAAACAAGCAGCCUUUCAGACGCUACCAAGUGGCAGAGAAAGGAUUAAAGACCCAAGUGGACGGACUGGAGGCACGGAGGAGAACCGACGAGUGGCAACGCGGGGCCCUAAGCCAACUACCGAAGCAGCUCGGGACCCAUGAGAAAGAUUCGGCGCGAACAGUACCGCAGCAAUUGCGCGGCCAGGAAAGCGCCAGCGUUAAAUACGCCCAGAAACGGAUGGAGCAAGGAACACGACUCGAGGGUGUGUACCAAUACACUGGAAGACGAACCAAAAGAGCAGUCACACGAGCUGACAAGCCUCGCACAACCACCGGAUCUAUCGCAGACACCGGCGUUGCUAACCAGGCUUAG